AUGGAAACCUUUGGGAUCCAGUUUGAGAGCUAUGGGUUAUGUCCAAGUCCUGUUCCAGAUUAUGUAAAAUCAACUGUGGAAACUACAAUGAAAAUUCACCAGAUGGAGAAUGAUGGUGAUAUACUGGCAUUUUUAACUGGGCAGGAGGAAGUGGAGACUGUUGUUUCCACGCUCAUAGAACAGGCUCGGGCCCUCUCUCGCACUGGAAUGAAAAGACACCUCCGUGUUCUCCCCAUGUAUGCUGGACUGCCUUCUCCUGAGCAGAUGAAAGUGUUUGAGAGAGUUUCUCACAAUGUCAGGAAGGUGGUAGUUGCCACCAACGUUGCAGAGACCUCCAUCACGGUUCGCGGAAUCGUAUUCGUAAUUGAUUGUGGGUUUGUGAAGCUUCGUGCAUAUAACCCCAAGACAGCCAUUGAAUGUCUUGUGGUGGUUCCAGUCUCUAAGGCUUCAGCUAAUCAGAGAGCAGGAUGUGCAGGACGGAACCGCUCUGGUAAAUGUUACAGGCUUUAUACAGAGGAGGACUUUGAAAAGUUGCCCAAGUCCACUGUUCCUGAGAUGCAGCGCAGUAACCUUGCACCCGUCAUCUUGUAGCUGAAGGCUUUGGGAAUCGACAAUGUGCUCAGGUUCCCCUUUCUUUCACCACCUCCUGCCCAGUCAAUGGUGCAAGCUUUAGAACUGCUGUAUGCCUUAGGAGGUUUGGAUAUGCACUGCCGUUUAACAGAGCCUCUUGGAAUGAGAAUAGCAGAGUUUCCUUUGAAUCCUAUGUUUGCAAAGAUGCUUCUGGAAUCAGGAAAUUUUGGCUGCUCCCAGGAGAUUUUGACAAUUGCUGCCAUGAUGCAGAUUCAGAACAUCUUUGUGAUCCCUCCAAAUCAAAAGUCUCAGGCUGCCAGGCGACACAGAAAGUUUGCUGUGGAAGAAGGUGAUCAUCUCACUAUGCUUAAUGUGUAUGAAGCCUUUGUCAAACACAGCAAGAGCUCUCAGUGGUGUCAGGAGCACUUUCUGAACUACAAAGGGCUUGUAAGAGCUUCUGUUGUAAGAGAGCAGCUGAAAAAGCUUCUUGUCUGCUUUAAAGUGCCAAAGAAGUCUAAUGAAGGUGAUCCAGAUCCUGUUUUGAGAUGCAUAGUUUCUGGAUUCUUUGCAAACGCAGCUAAAUUCCACUCUACUGGAGCUUACAGGACUAUCCGUGAUGACCAGGAACUUCAUAUCCACCCCACGUCAGUGUUGUAUGCAGAGAAACCUCCACGCUGGGUAGUCUACAAUGAAGUCAUACAGACUGCGAAAUAUUACAUGAGAGAUGUGACUGCUGUGGAAUCUGCAUGGCUCUUGGAACUGGCACCUCAUUUUUACCAGCAAGUAGCAGUACAGGAUCAGCAUAAAGCCCAAAUGCAUCUUUCCUUGACAGCAAAACGGGCUAAAGUAGGAGACCAGUGAUUUGACAUGACUUAAGUCUUCUGUCAUCAGAUGCAGAGCCUACCAGUGAUUUGAAGCUGGCUACAGUCCCUUCAGGAGUCAGUUCAUUAGCAAUUUGAUCUUCCAUCAACUUAAAUGUUUAAAUGCCUGCCAGGAUCUGUAGGGGUUAAUGCAUGACCAGCACAUUGUAAACCUAUGUAGAGCUUG